AUGGGUUUAUCUAAAGUUUCAGUUGUGGUUUUCUGGGUUUGUGUUCAGUUGAUGAAUAAUUUGGCAGAAGGUCUCUCGUCCUGCCACCAAAACCAUGUCAGUAACUACAUUAGCUGGAAGGAUUUGUGGGUGGAUGAGCAGAGGUUGACCCGGGACCCCAUUGACGAUUCCCGGGUUAUUGUCGUUGACCAGCAUGGCAGAGGACAUUCUAGGACUGUACAAGGAGCUGUCGAUAUGGUUCCUGAUAACAACUCAGAAAGAAUCAAAAUUUACAUAUACCCUGGAAUUUACAGAGAGAGAGUGUAUGUGCCGAGAGCCAAGGGGUGUGUGUCAAUGAUAGGAGGACGAAAUGAAACAGCGGGUGCAGUGAUUACGUGGAACAGUAAAUCAUCGGACAGAGGCUUUGAUGGACAAGAACUGGGGACCUAUGCUUCUUCAACUGUGACUGUAGAAUCUGACUAUUUCUGUGCAACCAGGCUCACUUUUGAGAACUCGGCAGUGGCGGUGAAUGGAGGAAAUGGAAUGCAAGGAGUGGCACUAAGGGUGGACAGUGAAAGGGCCGUGUUUUAUAGGGUGAGGAUCAAAGGGGAACAAGACACUCUGUUGGACAACACAGGCACUCAUUAUUUCUAUCAUUGUCAUAUCCAAGGCAAAAUUGAUUUCAUAUUUGGCCAUGCAAAAUCACUCUACCAGAAUUGUCAUCUUCAUUCAAUAGCAGAGACGUAUGGAGCUAUAGCAGCACAUCACAGGGAUACAGAAAAUGAAGACACAGGCUUCUCCUUUGUAAAUUGCUCCAUCACAGGCACUGGCAGUGUCUAUCUUGGCAGGGCCUGGGGUGAUUACUCCAGAAUCAUCUACUCUUUCUGCUAUAUGGAUGAUAUCAUCAUCCCAGAAGGCUGGACUGACUGGAACCAUCCAGACAGACAGAUGACUGCUGUGUUUGGGGAGUACCAGUGUGAGGGAGACGGAGCAGAUAGGAGAGGAAGGGUAGAAUGGUCAAAAUGUUUGAGCUAUGAAGAAGCAAGGCCUUUUCUGGAUAAGAGUUUCAUAAAUGGGGACCAGUGGCUUAGGCUAUAG